UGAUUCAAAAUAUUGUGUUUCUUACCCAUAUUACACAUUGCUGUGCAAUAUUCUUAUGGUGAAGGAAAUUACAACUUACAACGCCAAAAAAUAAUGUUUCGUACAAGAAAAUGUCAUUAAGCUUGUUGUGACAUUUCAUAUACUGUAGUUCUAUAAAGUUACGAAGUUUAGAUAAUUGUUUAGAUCUAGACUCGUAAUAUUUUUAUUUCUUUAGAUCGUGAUUCAUUAGUCACACUUUUAUGUAAUCAGGCGCAAGUCGCAGACAUUGUAACGUAAUUAAUACUAAUUUUUGAAAGUAUAAAUCAUGUUUCAUAGUGAGUAAAUGUGUAUAUUAACCAGCUAACAGUAACUCGAGCGCCAGGAGGCGCUUGACACCAGGUCGACCAGUCUUCUCUUUGCCGCGACCCGGAGUAGCAAGCUCUCCGUACCUCGCCGCCUUCAACUAUUGGAGGAGAUGGAACAGAAGCCAGUGGUUGAGAUGGAGUUUGUGAAGGUGGACAGCAUCAAGGAGGAGGUCGAGGAAGAGACUCCACUGGCUGGCGUCCAACCAGCUGCUGUGUGGCAGGAGGAGAUGGAACAGAAGCCAGUGGUUGAGAUGGAGUUUGUCAAGGUGGACAGCAUCAAGGAGGAGGUCGAGGAAGAGACUCCACUGGCUGGCGUCCAACCAGCUGCUGUGUGGCAGGCAGUUGAUAAUCCUGCUGUGGAGACUAGCUCUCUGGCUGGAGCUUCCAGAACAAGAGCUAGUUAUAGCGGGGAAGGCAGUGCAUGUCUCAAGACUGAAUGUGUACCAGAAGAUGAUACACAGGCAGAAACUGCUACCUGCGGUGCUAGUUUGAUGUCCGACAUUUGCGUCAGUGUUUCAACAGAUUGCAAGGGCCUUCACCAUCAUCAGCAUUUGUGUUCUUCAAGCAAACAAGACAAAGAUGCUCCAAUUAUAAGACAAGAGCCACUAGUACGUCAUUUAGUUGAAUACAACAGAUCUCAUACAGGAGAGCGUCCCUUCAAGUGUGAUGUAUGUAGUAAAUCAUUUACUUCUACAAGGAAACUGACUUCACACAACAGGCUACAUACUGGGGAGUGUCCUUUCAAGUGCGAAAUUUGUAAUAAAUUGUUUGCUAGGAAACAGGCACUUGAUGCACACCGUAGCUUGCACACGGGGGAGCGUCCCUUUAAGUGUGCAUUAUGUGGGAAGUCUUUUAGUUUAAAAAGGUAUCUUGAUGUACACAUCAGGGUACACACAGAGGAACGUCCCUUCAAGUGUGCAUUAUGUGUUAAGUCUUUUGGUUUAAAAAAGUGUUUGAAUGUACACAUUAGUAGAGUACAUACAGGGAAGCAUCCCUACAAGUGUGAAUUAUGUAGUAAAUCUUUAGAUUCUAAAAAGGAUCUGAUUUUACACAACAUGGUACAUAUAGGGGAGCAUCCAUUCAAGUGUGAAUUAUGUGGUAAGUCUCUUAGUUCUAAAAGGAAUCUUAUUGUUCACAGCAGAUUACAUACAGGGGAGAGUCCGUACAAGUGUGAAAUUUGUAAUAAAUCAUUUAUUACUAAAAAAACACUUGAUGCACACAACACAUUUCAUACAGGGGAGCGUCCCUUUAAAUGUGAAUUAUGUGGUAAGUCUUUUAGUUUUAAAAGGUAUCUAGUUGUACACAUCAGGGUACACACACAGGAGCGUCCCUUCAAGUGUGAAGUGUGCAGUAAGUCGUUUUGUGAUAACAGACAUCUGAUUGUACACAAAAGGUUUCACACAGGGGAGCGUCCCUUCAAGUGUAAUGUGUGUAAUAAAUCAUUUGCUAGGAAAGAAACAUUUAAUGCACACUACAGCUUACAUAGAGAGGAGCAUCGCAAUAAGUGUGAAUUAUGCAAUAAGCCUUUUAGUUCUAAAAAGGCUCUCAGAGUACACAACAGGUUACAUACAGGGGAGUGUCCCUUUAAGUGUGAUCUGUGUAGUAAAUCAUUUAGUGUAAAAGAAAAACUUAUUACACACAUGAAAUUACAUACAUAAGAUGCUCCCUUUAAAUGCUAACUUGUGGUUAAUUAUUUAAUUGCAAUAAUCAUCUUGUUGUUCACCCCAGAGUACAUACUGUGAAGAAUUUCUCAUUACUCUGAAAUCCAAGUCUGCGAAAGCUCCAGAAAUAACUGCAGCUCAGAUAUAACUUGCUGCACUUCAGAUGCAGAGACAAUAUCUUUGUGGGUGGGCAGUCUCAAUUUACAAGUCUAGAGGAGCUGUAACAGUUUUAUUUCAGGGUUACAGUUUGAGAACGAAUGGUGAAAGAAACCCUUGUAACGUUGCAAGAUCCAUGCCUUCCUAGCUAACUAUUUUUCUUUUAAACUAUUUUCAUGAAUUUUCAUUAACGUGUUGCAUAAUAAUUCUAGAAUAAGGGACUGUGUCUGGGGUGAUGUGAUGGAGAGAGGCAUAAGAGGCCUGUAAGUGCGAGUGAGAACGAAACAGUGAUUCCCCAGUAAGAGAGAGAAAAGAUGGGAUUCCCCACUGUAGCCCAGGAAUUUUAGUGUUUUACCUGAAAAAAAAUAAUGUAGUUUUGAAAUUUGGCACAGACGUUCCUUUGGGUGUUAAAAAUUGAUCUUUAAAAGUCCUCAUCUCUCAGAUGCCGGCUUCAUACUUUUUUAAGGCAAUAAGUGCGUAAGUGCCGAAAUAUGCACAUCACGACUGUUGCGCGAAAAAUAUUCAUUUAAUAUAUCAAAAUUUAUCAAAAUUUUAAAGUUAGGGGCCCUUCAUCCUUAAUCAUUCAUUUUUAUUACUUUAUACACCGCAAAAAUUAUCUUAUAACCUAAUUUCUACUCAACUAAUGGAAGUAAAAUGUAUCACUGCUCUAUAUAAUCACCAGUUACAUCAAAUCCACCACUGAUAGGCAAAAAUAUACCUUUAUAAAAGUUUUCCGUUAUUUUAUUAGCUUUAAAUUGGUGGGUCAAACAUGUGUAUGCGAUAAUAAUUGACUGACAUAUUAAGGAUUACAAUAACUACUGCACAACAAUGGGUUAUUGAGCAAUUUAGGUUAAUAUUGACUAUAGCAUUUUACCAGAAAUAAAAAUAAUGUAGGUUUUAAAUUUGGCACAGACGUUCCUUUGGGUGUUAAAAAUUGAUCCUAAAAAGUCCCCAUGUCUCCGAUGCCGGCUUCACACUUUUUUAAGGCAAUAAGUGCGUAAUAUCAAUGAGGAAAACAGCAAAAUCAUCGCUUGCAAAGAUCUUAAAAUCGUGUGAGGUAACCAAUGAGAGCAUUAGUGUAGACUGCAAAGUAGUUAUCGAUGGAGGAUACCUCUUGCAUGUGCUUGUGUGGCCAAGACCUGCUACAUUUGGUCAAAUAUGUGAGGCUUAUGUUACAUUCAUCCAAAAACAUUUUUCUGUGACAGCAACUGUAGUGUUUAAUGGUUAUGACAAGUUAACCACUAAAGAGGAAGAGCGAAGGCGGCAUUCUGCAGGGAGGUCUUCCACCGAUAUUUAAAUAGCUGCUAACAAUGUUGUUACAUCGACGCCAAUGGACUUUCGGAGGAAUGGCCAUAACAAAAAUGGGCUCAUCAAAUUAUUAGUACAUAACUUAUUUUCGAGCUUCAGGUCAUCACGCCAUUCAGUGCUCAGGAGAUGCUGAUACCACUAUAGCAGCUAUUGCUCUUCAGUAUUCAACAAGCUGUUGUGUAAAAGUAAUAGCCACUGAUACAGACAUUCUUGCGAUGUUGAGUGCGAGGUCAGAAGAAGAUGCACACAUUGAAAUUGUCCAUCCACCCUCAAGCAAGACAACAGGAAAGAUUUACAGUAUAUCAGCUAUUCAGCAGGACAUUGGUGAAAUGAAAAACUAUAUUUUGUUUUGUCAUGCUAUGACCGGAUCAGAUACAACCAGUGCUUUCUUCGGUAAGGGAAAGAAGCAAGCAUGGAACAUCAUCAAGAACGAUGUUUCCAUUCGGAGAACAGUACAUGUUUUUACAUGUCCACAUGCGGACAAGAUCGUUAUUGCAGCUGGAGAAAAGUUUGCAAUUGCAAUGUAUCAGGGACAUGAUAAGUAUUCCACUUUGGAUGAAAUGAGAGUAUAUAUGUAUACCUGCAAGAUAGCAAAGAUGCCUGUUAGUGCUUCUUUCCAGCUAGCCUCUCUUCCACCAACCAGUGCCGCAUGUGAACAGAAUUCUCUUCGGGUUUACCUACAGGUGCAAGAGUGGCUAGGCCAUUCUUUAGAUCCUGUUGAGUGGGGAUGGAAAAGUGUGAGUGGCACACUUGUUCCUAUAACAACAUCCCUUCCUCCAGCUCCAGAAAAGCUCCUGAAUUUGAAUUUGAUAUCAUGUAAGUGAAUGCAGCUACAAAUGUGAGUGUGUGCGGGCUGGACUGCAGUGUGGUAUUAUGUGUGCCAAAUGUCGUGGGGCAACGUGCACUAAUGUUGUUAUCAAUGAUGAUUCUGAAGACCAGGACCUUUAAUGGACUGGUUAAUUUGUUAUUGUGUACUUCCAUUAAUUGAUUUUAGAUCAGGUUUCAUUUUUUUGCUAUGUAUUAUGCAACAAUAAUGGAUGCUAAAUAACUAAGUGCCUUUUACUUCACAUCUUAUACAAGUUACGAUACAACUGAAUGAAUAUUUUUUGCGCAACAGUCGUGAUAUGCAUAUUUCGGCACUUACGCCCUUAUUGCCUUAAAAAAAGUAUGAAGCCGGCAUCUGAGAGAUGGGGACUUUUUAGGAUCAAUUUUUAACACCCAAAGGAUUGUCUGUGCCAAAUUUCAAAACUACAUUUUUUUUUAGGUUUGCUCGAUUUUUCCCCUAAAAUGCCUGGGCUACUGGUCGUGGGAACUGAGUGAUAACUGCUGUCUCACGGUGUUGGAGAGAGAAGGAGAAAGUGAAUCCCCUGUUUCUAUGUGUGGAAAUUAGUGAUGGGAUUUUCGAUACUUUGAUACCUUGAUACCUUCGAUACUUGACGGUAUCGCAAAGUAUUGAGUACCUAUCGAAACUGUAAGUUCGAUAGGUAUCGCAAAGUAUCGAGUACCUAUCGAAACUGUAAGUUCGAUAAAUUUUUUCGAUACCGGAAUGCUUGUUCAUUUGUAUUGAAUUAAGUUUUGAGUCGCCAUCGUACAAAAUACAACUACAGUAGAACCGAUGAUACGUUCCCGUUUCAUACAUUUUCCCGUGUCAUAUACCAAUUAAUUUUGGUCCCGCCGAAAGUACUAUAUUUACAAUGGUUUACUUUCCCGGAACAUACACUUAUAAAAUCAUCAAUUUCCCGUUUCAUAUGUUUUACGAAGCGGAAAAGACCUAAAAUGCACAAAUUUAUUUGUUAUAUUCCUCCUGAUAAACUACGUUUUAAUGCUUUUAUUUUGAAAAACGUUCAUUGUUUACCUUUGCAAACGUAAGAAAAUAACUUUAUCACACCAUAAAUAUGGAUAGUAUCAGGAAGACAGUGCACUUCGCUAGUAGCAUCUAUGGCCAGCAGCAAGCGAGACUAGUGGCGCAAACUGGCAAUGAUUAUGAAAAUGGUGCACGUGCUUUAACAAGGAACGGAUGUCAUAUUUUGUGCAUUCAUUAAUAUUUGAACUGAAUAUACCCAUUUGUUAUUGUUUUCUUUCGAUUGAAUUGUUUUGUAAUUUACGUUUCUCAGGUUAAAAUUUUAUUGAAAAUUGUUCUGUUGCAUAAAGUUGUUUGUAAAAUGAAACAAACAAGCAAAAAUUACUGAUUUUUUUUUUUACAAUAGCCUAAUUUUUUUUAUUUCUAAUUUAGGCUUGGUGACUUUGCCCCCCUCCAAGAAAGGACUUCAUAACAUUUUGUAAGACCACUGUUUCUCAUUUUGUAUUUCACUUCUAUUUUUUAUAUUGAUUUUUAUACUCAAGUCUUUAAAGUUGUUUGCAGUUUGUAUUUUUGCAAUAAAGAGGGAAUUUGUAUAGUUUAAAACUAAUUUAUGUUAUUUGUAAUAAUUGUUACUUAAUGGGAAAAUAUUUUUCCCUGGAGUAUCGAAAGUAUCGAACUGAAAAAACAAUAUAGCAUUGAGUAUCGAAAAUGUGGUAUCGUCCCACCUCUGCUGGAAAUGGUUUUCAGUGUAUAUGUUCUGUGUUCUUAUUGGCUUGUAAUUGUUAGUGCGAAUGAAGAGUGUAUGUGAUUGGUCGGUGAGGUCAUGUGACUGUCCUUCCUGCAUGGAGAAACCAGUGCCAUGACUUCACUAGUCGUCUGAUGAUCGCUGCACAACGAGGCCACGUUCGGUGGCUUCUCACAAAUUAUGUAGUAAUUAUUGAAUAGAAAAUUUAACGUCGGUAGCUCAAGCCAUGCCGUUUAAUCAUUUAUUGUUUUGAAACUUUUCGGACAUUUUUUCUUAAUUAGAAAUUGCGGCUACCGACGUCGGCAUCUGGCUUGUGGCGAAAUUCAUUUUCGCUGGGUGCGGUCAUGUUUUAGGCCGCACUAAUCUCGUGUACUUACUGUAAGAUGUUACUGAAGGACUUAAGCUACGUUUGUUUAUGUUAAUUUUCAUCGCCCGAGCUGCGAGUAUUUCUCGACAGGCGGAUAGACGUGUUGAAUGAGUGAACAAAAUAUUGAAAGUGAUUGGAUUUAGUUGUUUCGUCUUUCGGACAAUAAAACUCAAAUGACAAAGAAA